CUGAAGUUUGUUUUUGUUUUGGUUGCGUAUCUGUUACGCCUUGUUGUGCGUAUCAUUGUGGCUCGCGAAUUGGGCCUUACAUUUUUGCUCCGACCAAGUUUCUAUUGUAUUCCGCAAACAAUGGCAGAUGAAAAUGAAAAUUCGUGCGACAAGUUCGACGACGUGAAACCAGAUAAGAUGUUUACGUUGAAAAAAUGGAACGCUGUAGCGAUGUGGAGCUGGGAUGUGGAGUGUGAUACUUGUGCUAUUUGCCGGGUCCAAGUGAUGGACGCUUGUCUUCGCUGCCAAGCCGAGAGUAAGAACGACACCAUCGGCCGCCAAGACUGUGUGGUAGUUUGGGGUGAAUGCAAUCAUUCCUUCCACCACUGCUGUAUGUCGCUGUGGAUCAAGCAGAACAACCGUUGUCCACUGUGUCAACAGGAGUGGUCCAUCCAACGAAUGGGCAAGUGAGCGGGACAGAUAUGGUUCAAUAAAACAACACAAUGUUAUCAAUAUGAUACUGCUAUAUUA